AUGAACGCUCUUCGCACCCUUCCUAUCCUCAACCGCCCCUCCCGCCCCGCCUCUCCUGCUCCUGCCACCGUGCAGUCCACUACUGCCAACGGAACUUCUGUCGCCCCAGGUGACAAGCCUCGCUCCCGAUCCUUGUCCCGCCAAGUGGCGGACAAGGUGUCUUCUCUCUCCACCAACGCCAACGGGACUGUACCUGCGGCCAACGGCUCCAUGCCUCCUCCUGCUACUACGCAGCCUUCUCAACCUCUUACCAAGAAAAUUUCUCCUCCUGCGAGCAGGACGGCGACUCCGCGCUCUUCCUCUGCAGCUCUUCCCGUAGCCAACACCGAGACGGGCCCUGCGGGAGGAUACAUGGACGUCAUCGGGCUAAGGCUCAAUGAUGUCGUCAACAAGGCCUCUGCUGGGGUCGAUUUCAAGGCAAGGAAGGGGUUCAAGAAGGCAAGUGGUCUCGCUGUCGGCGAGGCCGUCGUCAAGGAACUGCCUCAGCCUCCCUGCGACGCAUACCUCAUGCGCGCCGUUCUUCGCGCUGCUGUACGCUCCCUCAGCAUCUACUCUACCCGUCUCGAGUCGCUCCUCCUCUCUGCCCUCACCGACACGUCCUUUGUCUCUCCUCUCAACCUCUCUGCCCCCUCCGCCACUUCCCACCCUCUCAACCCGGUGCAGUAUUUCGCCCUCUCUGUAGCCCACGCGGCAUGGGAGACAUGCGAGACACUUGAGCAGACACUCGAGACUGGCAAGUGGCCGAAAUUCGUGGCAGAGACCUUGAGGCCAGUGAUGGACAAGAUGGACCUCGUGGUCAGCAAGGUCGUGCAGCCCAUGAUGUUUGGGCUCAAGAGAGACCUGGUGGCAAGUUUGUCCCGAACAGAGGGGAUCUCUCCUCCAGGCGUCAAGACUGUAGGCCUCGCUUCCAUUCCCGCCCCUACCAACGCUGCGCCCCAGCCUGCCGCCGCUCAACCCGCCUCACGCCUCACCAAAGAGUUUUCCGGUUCGGGCGCUCCUCGUCAGCUCGUCAUUCCUCCCCCUCUCCAGCACUUUGCCUCACGUGUCGAUGGGGCGCGCAAGAUCUUUGAGAUCAUUGCCAAGCCGUGUGCGGAUGAUGGAGAAGUAUGGGUCACCGGCGUCAUGGUGGCGGUCAUCUGGAAGGGCAUCUGUAUCCUCGCAGAGAAGGGUAGUGCGCCUCUGGGGUCGAGACCCCCCAGCCCGAGCAGUGUCGCCCGGGCUCUUUCUGGUUUGGGCAAGGAGAAGGAGAAGGAGCCUACCGUCGCUGCGUCGCCUUCCCUCCAGGGCGUGACUGCUAAACUUGCUUCGUCCCUUUCCAUCAACCCUUCCCGCUCUGCCUCUCGCGCACCUUCGCCUCCUAGGCAGAACGGCAAGCUUCACCCCACUACACACUCCCUCCUCUCGCUCGAAGGACUCGUCAAGCGACUUGUCAGCGGCCUUGUCCAGCCGCCCUCUCCCACCGACGACGCGGACGAGCACAUUGCCCGUGAGGCCCUGUCUGAAGCUCUCGAAGCGCUGCAGUCUUUCCGAGUCAUCGCUUCUGCCAUGCACUCGGGCAUGGCCCCCUCUUCUCGCAUUCUCGCAAGCGCCCGUCGCCUCCGAGACGACGUCGAGGACCAUGCCGAGGACGAGCUCGAUGAUGCCAUGGAAGACUUGCAGGACGUCAUACUCUUUACCGUCCUCUCCCGCCAGGCCAACAUUGUCCUCGCAGGCGUGCCAGGGCUCGACAGCGAAAAGGGCGAAGCGCGUAUCCGCCACCCCUCCGACAUCUGGGGCUGGACCAUGCAAGAGUACGAGCGCCAAGUCCUUCCCGGCUUUUCCACCGCAGACGAAUGGGGCCGCCGUGUCGCUGUCGCCAUCAAGGGCGAGGUCGAGCAAGUCCUUUCGCACCUUGUCUCCCUCUCUGCAUCUCGUGGAGAAAAGGUGAGCAGGGGCGAUAGGCUUGGAGAGGCGGUCGAAUGGGUCAAGGCGGUUGGUGUGGCUUGUGAUGCCAAGUGCGGCGUCAAGGUCGCAGAUGCGGUUUGA